AUGGCGGGGGAGACGUGCAGUCCGCCGUUCAGGAAGCUGCUGGCAGCGGAACUGCGGCUGGAUCCGCGGCAGUGGGGACCAGGGCCCAUGAGGCAUGCGACGCGGGACUACCGGAACGCGGACGUGGCCGCUGCUGAUCCCGGGUCUGAAGCCGUGCUGGAAGUAGAUUGUCUGGUGCACGAGGAGUGGGUGGGGGGAGCAAGUGAAGGAGUCCUGCCUCCACCCCACGUCCUUCCCCUGCCGGCCGAAGAGGUCCACUGGCUGCUCCAGACGUCAUGUGACUGCCCCACCCCCCAAAACUGGCUCCGGGUCUCCAUUCUGUGCCUCCGCAAGGCCUCGGAACCGGACUCACACACCUCCGGAAGUGCCAAGAGGUUUCUGAUCCCUCAAGAAAGAGUAUACUCAAAGACAAGUAUUCAUGAGCUCUUGACCCAGAUAUCCCAGGAGAACCUGCUCUCCUCGUGGCAGGAGGUAUUGCAGUCGGUCCACCCCGCACCCUCCACUGGCCACAGACAACCAACCAACUCUUACGUACGCGAGGUGGUCUACAAGCUCUACCACACUGAGAUCCAGACCAUUGUGCCGGGACCAAUACCGCCACAGAAAAUGAAGCACAGCACACCACAGGACAACAAGUCCACCUCUGCCAUUCUUCCGCUGCAACCCGGAGCCAGGGAUCAAAACUUUUCACCCGAUGUGACGACGGGAGGGAGAGAGGAAGACAGACAGACCCACUCUAACUUGUCUCCUCUGCUGGCAGCUCUAGAGGGCCGCCAUGCGUUCUACCUCGUCUUCCCGUACUCUCGGUUCACCCUCCUCGACGUUGCUCUGCACAGUCCGGCGAUGUUUAACGACUCCACGUCGAAGCCUCUCUUUGUGCUGUUCCAGCUUCUGAAGGUGCUGGAGCACUCUCAUAGAGUCGGCGUCACUCUUGGGACACUGUCUCUACGGAGCAUCUUUGUUGACAGCCGGCUGUGGGUCACGGUGAGGAUCCCGAGAGAUAAUCUGCGUCUGAUAUCUUCCGAGGAGAGAGAGGGGGAGAGGGGAGAGGUGUCUUCUGGUCAGGAGGGGGAGAAAAGAGGAGGGAGAGAUGUGAAGAUUGGCAAGGCGAGAGAGAGGAAGACAAGUGAGUGGAGGGAGAGGAAGAUACGAGAGACGAUGGACGACAGUCCGUCCGCCUCGGCCUCGACUGUGACGGUCUCAGACCCAGAGAUGGAGGCAGAGCUCUCAGAGAGUGCUAAAGACACCUCCUCGGACUCGAGUCCCACAAAACAACUCUCGGUUCCUGACCACGGGAGCCCCUCCCCGCCCCGUCAGACGGAAGUCUCCGACCCCCCAGCUAUCCCUCUGAGCGAGGCUGUGAAACUCUGGCAGCACGGAACCGUUGACAACUUCACCUAUCUCCUCUUGCUGAACAAGCACGCCGGCCGACGACUCGGGGACGCAAACAACCACCCCAUCUUCCCCUGGGUGUGCGAUUUCACCCACCCCACCCGCAGCUUCAGAGACCUCACCAAAUCGAAAUUCAGACUCAACAAGGGCGACGACCAGUUGAACUUCACCUACAGCAACGCCCGGGACGAGAUGAGGAGGGGCGCGGACACUGACUCCUCUCCCACCCCGCACCACGUUGGAGACAUACUCAGCGACGUCACAUACUACGUCUACAAGGCCCGUCAGACUCCCCGCGAAGUCCUCUGUACUCACGUGAGGCCUCGCUGGGUCCCCGAAGAGUACCCUUCAUCGAUGGAGAAGAUGUACACGUGGACACCGGACGAAUGCAUCCCGGAGUUUUUCACGGAUCCGCUCUUGUUCCGCUCCAUUCAUCCAGAUCUACCCGACCUCACACUCCCUACCUGGUGUGACUCCCCCGAGAGUUUCGUCGCAGCUCAUCGGCAGAUCUUGGAGGGCGACUUCGUAUCGUCGCAGCUGCACCACUGGAUCGAUCUCACGUUCGGCUACAAGCUGUCGGGAGAGGCUGCAGUGAGAGCAAAGAAUGUGUACGUCUCGCUCGUGGACAAGCACAAGAACCCGAAGAACCACGGGAUAGUUCAGCUGUUUAGGGCGUCACACCCUAAACGAGCUCAGGGUAGUAGCUGCACAUCCGUGGCUCUCCUCGAAUGGGAGACCUACCUCGGCCAGAGUAGGGUGAGCGAUGGAGCAAGUUUUCCCGUCGAUCGCCAGGAGAUUAUUGCGCGAUUCGUGCGGGGAUCUUCCGCUUUGGGGAGAGGGAACGGCGGUGGGGUGGCGGGUGAUGGUGGCGGUGGCCGGGUGCAGGUGAGGACUUUAGAGAGCAUCGUGGAACAGCAGAUCCAGGGGAGGGACUAG